GAUUCCAAAUCUCAGCGAGAGACGAACUCAAGGCCUCGGCCCUGCCGGUGCCCAUCUUCCAAGUCGCCGCCAUGCCGCAGCAGUCCGAAGCACCACUUCUCAUGCACCUCACGGAAGUCCCUGGCGGCUGGCCCCUCGCGACCGUCAUCGACGCCUUCGCCCACUUGGCUUCCUGUCGUCCAGGUCAAGCUGGUCCAGACCGAGCUCGCGAGGCGGUGAGCCGGCGGCUGGUGGAGUUUUGGGCCUCACAGCCGGAGGAGGCCGAGGCCUGGCUCGAGCGGUGCCGGGAGCGCUUCGCAAAAGAGCUCGCAGGCAAGGAAACGAGACCGGAGCAGCUCUUCGAGGCGCUGCUCCGGCACGGGGCGGCCGAGCUCGGCAAGCACGGGCCGUACGCCUGGCGCCUCUCCGAGGCCGGGCUCCUGCGAGGAGCGCCGCAUGGCUCAGCAGCGCAGCGGGAGCAGUGGGCGGCUUCGUACCUGCAGUGGCCCCACGUCCGCGACCGCUGCCGGGAGCUCGCGGAGCGGCUCCUGGCGGCCGAGAGCCCGGAGACGGCGCGGAAGCGGCAGAAGCUCGAGGAGGAGACCUCCGAGCGCCGGCGCCUCGAAGCGGAGCUCCAGAAAUCGCAGGAGGAGUGCCGAGAUCUGCGCAAUCGCCUGGCCGCGGCCGAGGCGGGGUUGUCCAGCAAGGAGGCGGAGCUGCAAGCUGCGCAGAACGAGAGCGCUGAGUGCAAGGAGCAGUGGGAGGAGCUCAGGUGCCGUGCAAGAAGUGCGGAGUCAGCCUUGGCGGAGACGCGGCAGGAGCUCGAGCAGGUGCACGAGCGCUGCGCGGAUCUUUCGACUCGUUUGGAGGCGGCAGAGGUUGAAGUUGAGCAUGCUAAGGCCCAGGAGCGUUUGGCGCACGAUGCCACCGAAACGCAGUUGGAGGACACCCUGGCGGAGAUGCGGACAGAGCUGCAGCAGGCGCAGGACAAGCAUUGCAAGUCCCAGGAGCGCUGCGGAGAUCUUGCCGCUCGAUUGGAAGUGGCAGAGGCAGGAGCAGUUCCGCACACGAGGACGAUGGAGCGUCUGGCUGAGGCCAAAUCCGAUGUCGUUGCAAAGCAGGUAGAUCUGCAGCAGCUGCAAGACGAGAGCUGCGGCUACCAGGCACGCCGCUUCCCUUUUUCGGCAGAAGAGGGGGAAAGCAAAGCUGAGCUGCAGCUGGAGAAGGCAGUUCUGCAGGACAGAUGUGAGCAGCUCAGGCAGCAGCUUGCCAAGGCAGAGGCGAAGGUGGAUCUUCUGCAAGGUCUGCGGGAAGAGAUCGGCAUGUACAAGGAGCGUCUCCGUGGGCUGGAGCGCCCGGUUGUUGAGACCAAGAAGAGCCAGCGUUCCUGUGGCGCCAUCUCGGGUCGUCCCUCCAUGAGCCAUCCCGGCCCAGCUCGCAGCCAUGUGGCCUUCGGUGAUCAGGAGUCGGAGCUUGCCGAGCAGCUGGGGUACAACCUUGUGGAUGAGGACCGAGCUUCAGUCCUGAGUGGGACCUCCAGCUACUCGGUGAAGCAAGACUGCUUCAUGCUGGAUGCUGUCUUCAAGAGCCGCAUGGACUUUUUCAGCGAGGGGAGGGACCUCCACAAAGGUUCGCAGGUCUUGGCUGGCGAUGGCAAGACCGUUCUGGAAGUGGUCGAGAUCUCGAAGGAAGGGCAGGCGACGGAAGUGGUCGAUUUGCAGGCGGGCGCUGCAACACUGCGGGUGACCCCGGACCAUCCCGUGCAGGUCCCCGACGAAGGUGGCGAGGCGGGCCGGCACCUUUACAUGCCGGCGGGCAAGCUAAAGGCGGGCGACUUCGUGAUGCUCGACUCGGGGGAGCCGGUUGCACUCACCAGUGCAGAGACCCAGCCCGCGGAGUGCAAGGUCUUGAAGAUCGUCUUCAAACCGGACUUGCCUGUGGCCGUGUUCUCCAGCCCAUCCUGCAUCCUCAGCAAGGGACACAAGAAGAAGUCGCAGGUGCGCCGCAGUGGCAUGGGCGGGAGAGGCAAGGAGGCGGCCGAUCCGACGGAUGGAGGAGCCUCGAUUCCGGACACGGCGGCCGGAGAGUACAUGGACUGCGACGGUGGACGUGCCGUUCCUGGUGCCCAGCGACAUCUUCUGGCAGUCGGUGAAGCCUCAAAAGGCUUAGGACGCAGGAUCCUGGAGGUGAGGUGCAGGAAGUAUGCGUGGAUGCAGGACCUAGGUCCCAAUUUAGGCAUCCCAGACACGGCCCUGGUUCAGAUCGUGGUCGCGCUGAGCCGUCGGCUCGUGGAGUUGUGGGCCGCGCAGCCGACGGAGGCCGAGGCCUGGCUCGAGCGGUGCCGGGAGCGCUUCGCGAAAGAGCUCGCAGGCAAGGAGACGAGGCCGGAGGAGCUCCGCGAGGCGCUGCUCCGGCACGGGGCGGCCGAGUGGGGCAAGUACGGGCGCGGCGGCUGGCGCUUCUCCGAGGCCGGGCUCCUGCAAAGAGAGCCGCGCGGCUCAGCAGCAGAGCAGGAGUGCCGGGCGGCUGCGUACCUGCAGACGGCCUACAUCCGCGAUCGCUGCCGGGAGCUCGCGGAGCGGCUCGGGCAGGCCGAGAGCCAGGAGACGGCGCGGAAGCGGCAGAAGCUCGAGGAGGAGACCCCCGAGCGCCGGCGCCUCGAAGCGGAGCUCCAACAAUCGCAGGAGGAGGGCCGAGAGUUGCGUGAUCGCCUGGCUGUGGCCGAGGCGGAGGUGUCCAGCGAGCUCCAAACUGCGCAGAACGAGAGCGCUGAGUGCAAGGAGCGGUGCGAGGAGUUUGCAAGCCGCACGGCAGAUGCGGAGUCAGCCUUGACGGAGAUGCGGCAGGAGCUCGGGCAGCUGCAGGAGGAGCACAGCAAGUGCCAAGAGCGCUGUGAGGAGCUCCUGACUCGGUUGGAGGCAGAAGCUUCCCAGCAUGCCAAAACCAAGGAGCGUGUCUCACAGGCCGAAUCCGCUGCUGUGGAAGGGAGGGUGGAGGUGCAGCGGCUGCAAGAACUCCAAGCUGCGCAGCGAGAGAGUGCCAAGAGCAAGACACGGAGCGCCGCUGUGGGGUCAGCGACAGCAGAGAUGCAGAAGGAGCUCCGGCAUAUGCAGGAGGAGCAUGGCAAUUGCCAGGAGCCUUGUCAGGAGCUUGCGAAUCGUUUGCAGGCUGCAGAGGUUGAGGAUGCUGAGACCAAGAGAUAUUUGACGCACGAUGCCACUGCAAAGAAGGUGCAACCGCAGCAGCCGCAAGUCCAGAGCUGCAGCUGCCAGGCACGCUGCUUCCCUUUUUCGUCAGAAGAGGGAAGCAAAGCUGAGCUGCAGCUGGAGAAGGCAGUUCUACAGGACAGGUGUGAGCAGCUCAGGCAGCAGCUUGCCAAAGCAGAGUCGAAGCUGGAUCUCCUGCCAGCUUUGCACGAAGAGAUCGGCAUGUACAAGGAGCGCCUUCGUGGGCUGGAGCGCCCGGUUGUUGAGACCAAGAGGAACCAGCGUUUGUGUGGCGCCAUCUCGGGUCGUCCCUCCAUGAGCCAUCCCGGCCCAGCUCGCAGCCAUGUAGCCUUCGGUGAUCAGGAGUCGGAGCUUGCCGAGCAGCUGGGGUACAGCCUUGUGGACGAAGAUGUCGCCUCCGUCCUGAGUGCGUCCUCCGGCUACGUGGUGAAGGAGAACUGCUUCAUGUUGGAUGCCAUCUUCAAGAGCCGCAUGGACUUCUUCCGCGAGGGGAGGGACCUCCAGAAAGGUUCGCAGGUCCUGGCUGGCGAUGGCAAGACCGUUCUGGAAGUGGUCGAGAUCUCGAAGGAAGGGCAGGCGACGGAAGUGGUCGAUUUGCAGGCGGGCGCUGCAACAUUGCGGGUGACCCCGGACCAUCCCGUGCAGGUCCCCGACGAAGGUGGCGAGGCGGGCCGGCACCUUUACAUGCCGGCGGGCAAGCUAAAGGCGGGCGACUUCGUGAUGCUCGACUCGGGGGAGCCGGUUGCACUCACCAGUGCAGAGACCCAGCCCGCGGAGUGCAAGGUCUUGAAGAUCGUCUUCAAGCCGGACUUGCCUGUGGCCGUGUUCUCCAGCCCAUCCUGCAUCCUGAGCAAGGGGCACAAGAAGAAGUCGCAGGUGCGCCGUGCUGGCGGCGGAAAAGGUAAGGAGGCGGCAGAUCCGAUGGAUGGAGGAGCCUCGAUUCCGGACACGGCGGCCGGGGAGUAUAUGGACUGA